UACACCCCUGAAGUUCCAGUUUGAACAGACCGCAGUUGAAGACACCAGCCAUGGCAAUUCUACCAGAGUCAGUGACGCUUUUUCUAAUAGGCAUCCUGGUUAUGAUGUGUGUGAAAAUCCUAAUGGAUCAGGCUAAAAAGAAAAAUUACAAAUUCCCCCCAGGACCCAGACCUCUCCCCCUAAUUGGGAACAUGCACAUUUUGGAUAUCGUCAGGCAGGAUUACACUUUCAUGGAGCUGGCGAAGAAGUAUGGCACAUUCUUCACAUUCCAUUUUGGCAAAGUAAAAUCUGUAGUUUUGGUCGGUUAUGAAGCCAAUCAAGAGGCUUUGGUGAAGGCAAACUAUGACUUUGGAAGUCGUGGCGAUAUGGCUGUUUUUGAUGACUUUCAACGUAACCAUGGAGUAAUUUUCUCAAAUGGGGAAGGAUGGAAAGAAACUCGAAGAUUCACUUUGUCCAUUCUACGAGAUCUUGGAAUGGGAAAAAGGCCAAUCGAAGGCAGGAUUAUUGACGAACUGCAGUUCUUAAAUGAAUUAAUUGAGUCUCAUAAAGGUAAACCAUUUGAGAAACAGGUGUUUUAUAAUGCUCCCCCCAAUAUAACCUUCGGUAUGUUAUUUGGGAGACGUUUUGAAUACGACAACCCAACCUUUAAGAAAAUGAUCAUUAUAAUGGAUGAUGUUGUUAAACUCACUGGAACUCCUUCUGCCAAGUAUUACAAUGUGUUCCCAAUACUAAAACACUUCUUGAAGACUCCUGGCCGUGUUUUAAAGAGAAUUGAUGAGCUCAAUGAAGUAUUGCUGGAGCUUUUUAAACAAGCACAAGAGUCUAAAUGUGAAGAUUCAUUUAGGACUUACAGUGAAGCAUUCCUACAGAAACAAGAAAGGGAAAAGACGUUGGAGGACAAAGAAAAGAUCUUUACAGAGAAGAACAUGCUGGCCUCUACUUUUGAUCUCAUGCUUGGUGGUACAGAGACAACCUCCACUACAUUACAGUGGGCCAUCCUCCUCAUGAUGAAAUACCCUCAUAUACAAAAAAAAGUUCAUGAUGAGAUUGAAGAUGUGAUUGGGCUGGAGCGUCCUCCGAGGUGGGAUGACCAGAAGGUGUUGCCUUACUGCCUGGCAGUAGUGCAUGAAAUUCAACGUCUUGGUAACAUCAUUCAAUAUCUAGCACACAUCACACCCACAGAUAUCAGCUUCAGAGGCUACACUAUACCGAGAGGAACCCCAGUGGUCCCUCUUUUUACAUCAAUUCUAUAUGAUGAAACCAAAUGGGAGAGUCCUAGGGAAUUUAACCCCAAUCAUUUCCUUGAUGCUAAUGGGAAGUUUCUAAAGAGAGAUGAAUUCUUUGCUUUCUCCAAAGGACGCAGGGUGUGUGCUGGGGAGAGUCUGGCCAGGAUGGAGCUUUUCUUGUUCUUCACAGGAAUGCUACAGAAAUUUACAUUCACUCCUCCACCAGGAGUGAAAAGCCAAGACUUGGACCUCACUGCAGAUGUUUUCUUUAUUAUGAGACCUAAGAGCUACCAUGUUGUUGCUACACCCAGAAUAUAGACAAUUGCCCAUUUAAAA